AUGGCAGCUGAGACGAUUCUACUGACCGGUGGCUCCGGCUUCAUCGCCGCCCACAUCCUCGAGCAGCUCCUCGCCAAGGGCCACACCGUCAUCACCACGGUGCGCAGCCAGUCCAAGGCCGACACCAUCGCGGCCGCGUACCCGGAGCUCGUCGCCUCGCAGCGCCUGACGGUCGUGCCCGUCGGCGACAUUGCCGUGCCGACGGCCUUUGACGACGUGCUCGCCCGGCACGGCGCCUCCCUCGCGGCCGUCCUGCACACGGCCUCGCCGUUCCACUACAACUUCUCCGACGCGCAGACGGAGCUCAUCGACCCGGCCGUCAACGGCACCACCGGCAUCCUGCGCGGCAUCAAGGCGCACGCGCCGCACGUGCGCCGCGUCGUCGUCACCUCGUCCUUUGCCGCCAUCCUCGACGCCAGCAAGGCCCUCGACCACGGCGUCGUCUACACGGAGCGGUCUUGGAACCCCAACACGGCCAGGGACGCCGCCGAGAACAAGAUGGCGGGCUACCGCGUGUCCAAGACGCUCGCCGAGCGCGCCGCGUGGGACUUUGUCGAGGCGGAGAAGCCGGCGUUUGACCUGGCGACCGUCAACCCGCCACUGGUGUUUGGCCCCGUCGCGCACCACCUCGCGACGCCGGACAGCAUUAACACGUCCAACGAGCGCGUCGUCGCGCUGCUGCAGGGCAAGUGGAAGUCGGAGAUUCCCGAGACGGGCACCAUGGUGCUGUGGAUCGACGUGCGCGACGUGGCCGCCGCGCAUGUGCGGGCGCUCGAGACGCCCGCGGCCGGCGGCAAGCGGCUCUUUAUCGUCGGCGGCCGUUUCGACAACAGGCAGGUGGCGGACGUCGUCUACAAGAACUUCCCCGACCGGCGCGAUGCCGUUCCCGGGCCCGACGUCAAGGGCGGCGAGGCGCCGCCGGCGGAGAAGCUCUUCCAGAUUGACAACUCGGUGACGAACAAGGUGCUCGGCAUUGAGUGGACUUCGCUGGAGAAGAGCAUCACUGAUCUGGUUGCCUCGCUGAAGGGGCUGAACAUUUAG